AUGCGCUGGUGGACGCUCUUGGCGCUGGCGCCGGUGGUCCUCGGCGACGCGCCGCUCGCAGCGUACCUCGAGGCGCGCGCCAACGACAGCCUCCUCUGCGUCUAUCUCUUCAACGCAUCCGCACCGUUCACGUCGCUGCUGGCGGACUGCCCGUUUGGCGACUUGGCACCAACGGCGGCGACAGCGCUGUCGCCACGCCACGGCGUGUACUUGCGCAGUAUGUCGUCGCCGCAGGACGCGCAGCUCGUGUCGCAGUCGCCCGCCAAGGCGUCGACCAUCUACCCCAUGGCAAUCGGAAAGGGCAUGACGUUCGAGCUCGUGGCGCGCGUCUACAAGCCAGUGCCGGCCAACGUCAACGUCAACCUCUUUGCGCUCGCAUCGUCUUUUGACGACUGCACCAACCCUGGCAUUCGACUCGAAGUCAGCGACCGCCAGCUCCUCGUCCUCAUCUUCUACUCGCUCCAAGCGACACCAGGAGGCACGACGAUGGUCUGCUACGAAGAGAGCUUUUACUCGAUGACCGAAGCCGACGGCGCGUGCCAAAUACCCGUCGGCACGCGUGACGCGCCGCCGCCGUUCGUGCACCUCUUCGCCUCGAUCGUACCUGACGGCGGUGCGUCAUGGACCACGCGUUUCUUCAUCUCGUUCGUCGACGCGACGGGAAUGCACACGUGCUCGUCCCACAAUUCGAUGGGCGGCUCGACAGCGCCCGCGGACUUGACGUCGGUGACAGGGGCAUACACGCUCUACGUUGGCAACAACGCUCGCGAGCCCCGAGCGCGUCCGCCUUCGCGCGCCACGCGGCAGUUCCAAGGGUCCACGCCGCCACCGACCCUCCCGCCGACCGUGCUCUCGCUGCUGCAGAAGGGCCAGGACCGACUGGAGCUGCUCUUGCCGUCGUCGGGCGGCGUCUUCUUUUCGAUCAACGGCAAGAAGGUCGUCGAUGUGGACCAUGACGGCAUUGCAUUUGGCAACAACGGCACCAAGUAUGGACUGCCGCAGCUGACGCGCCUCGUGUCGACGGCCAUGGAUGCAUUAGGUCCAACGAGCGCGCUUUUCAAACAAAAGAAAGCGACGCUGGCUGCGAUCGCCAACACCACGUCACGCAUCGACUGGGCGAAACACCCGACGCAUGCGCGGUACCCACCCCCAAACGCAUCGGCGCAUAUGGAUGUCUUCUUCUUUGCCAUGGCCGCCGUCCCGAUGGACGCCGAGACCUUGCUCGCACGCUCCGACCUCUCUCUGCCGCACCUCGGCCUUGGCAGAAACCGCACACUGCACACGGCGCAAGACACGAGUACUUUGCUGCGUUUGACCGAAGCCAUGUGGAACGACCCCGCCGCCGCGAUCCGACUCACGGCCACACCCGUGCGAGGCACGCUCCAGUCGUGCGGCGAGCCUCGAAAGAACUUGAGCGCCGGCGACGUCGUCGUGGAUCCGUGUGUGGCCUUUGUCCCACCGCCCGGGCUCUCCAAUGCCAAUAUGCCGCUCCACAACAAGUACAUGGUCUCUCAACGCCGCGACCCGUUCGCUACCGUGACGUAUGAGCUGGCGCAGCAGCCGUUUAGCACAUCCACGGUGCUCGAGUUUUUUGUUGACGCAGCGCCGGCGCCAGCACCAACGCCAAAGACAGCACCCACCAUCGUCCUCGUGAGCCCGCCCUACGCCAUUGCAUCCAAUGCGCGAUACCACGGCGACGCAUACUUUUCGAUGCAUCUGUUGUCCAACGCGGAGGCUACGACGAGCUACCGCGCGACGCUCAGUAGCGCUUCGAAUGGCGGUGCGCUCCGCUCCCACGCGGAUGGCCUUUCGUCGCCGACUGCGCGGAUGUACUGCCCGUUCACACCCAACCUGACGGCGCUUUGCUUGGCCCGCGAUCGCGACAGUGAUGGCGUCGUCUACGAGCUGCACGGGGAGCGCCAGAGCCCGACGCGCCUCGUGUUUCGCGGGUCACUCGACCAAGUGCGGCGCGCGCUCUCGAAUGUAUCGCUGACCAACUGGCGUCAUUCGCCGCAUAGUGCCUCGGUGCGUUUUGAGCUGCAAGCGUUGACAUCGCUCGAGAUGCUGGUCGCGCGCACCCUUGUCGUGCACUUCACCAACGGAGAGACGACGUUGCCGACGACCGUGUGCUCGAACCUCUUUGGCUUCCUUCCGCUGUGCACCGAGUCGUUUGGCAACGGGGCUGUGCUCGGCACGCUAAGCCUCAUGGCACUUACGACGUGCGUUUGCCGCCGCUUGAGCAAAACGCAGCAGGCAGCGCGCAAGAAGUGCCAAGCGACGUACCAAGUCGCGACCCAAGACGAGUUUACCGGCAUCUUGGACCAGCUCGUGCGCAUCAUGCUCGAGCCGAGCUUGGAGGGACCGACGCUCCUCUGGCGCGCGUGCCGCUACGGGCCCGAGCAGUCGCUCUGCCUCGAGACGCUCGUCGUCGUGCUGAGCUUGCAGCAAGCACUGCCCGCCUUUCUUGCCCAUCUCCGGAACGAUCCGGAUACGGCCGAUGACGUGGCACUCCACGCGCGCUUCUUUUGUAAAUUCAUGGGCCGCGACUGGUUCAACCGGGUUCUGGCGCACGCCAACGGCGUGGUGACGACGACCUUUACCGAGGCCUUCUUGCACUGCGUGCGUCAGAACCUUCACUCGCUGCCCGUCGAGAUCCGAGUCCUUGCCGACAGCAUUGCGCCCGUCCACGUCGUCGUCGUCGACUGGUUUCUGCUGCCGGGCCUCUCGGUCGUCGCAGGCGACGACGACGCCCAUGCGAUCCGCGAUUGCAUGAACGUUUUGGAGCAUGGCAGCGCCGAUGCCCGGGACGCCCAGUACAUACCCGAGUCGAAGGAGCCGAUGCUCCUCCAUCGGGACUUGCUAGCGCACGUGCUUCGACACCUGCAUUGCCUCUGCGCCCACCACAUGCACACCAUGGCCAAGACGACAGGCGCAGUGAUCUUGGACGACGAAGAUGUGCCGCCGACAGGCCAGCGCAUUCGCGACGUUGUCUUGGCGUUAGGGCCGAUCUCGAUCAGCUUGCCCGGACUCCUUGCGCUCACAAAGGCGGGCCCGCUCGUCCACCAUCCUUAA